UUGUGCAUGACAUAAAAACAAAGUUUGUAUCAAAUUGCUGGUGUUGAUAUCUUUCCAAAUGAGAGUAGCAAUACUGUCCUCAUUUUAGAUUUUAAAAACAGCAGAAGAAAAUGAAGUUACCAGUUAAGAAAGAAAAAGAAGUUGAUAGUUUGUUGGUGAUGGUGACAGUAGCAGUGUAGAAGUAAACUGGAGGAGAAAAGUGGCUCGCUUGACAACUGUUAGCAGAGAGACUUGAGCUUUAAGUGAGAUAGGGAACAGGAUGAAGUUAUCAAUUUUUGUUCGUGUAAUUCUUGUUCUUGCAUUGUUCGUGAAUAAAAUAGAAGCCAUGAAGCAGCUUCCACAUGAAUCUGAACGUAAAGCUAUCAUUUAUGAGCCCCUUGGCCAUAACUAUAUCCGGCUCGUUGGUAACACCUCUUUCUACAAUGCUGGUCUGAUAAGUAUUUACCGUAACAACAGCUGGGGUUAUGUCUGUGAUGACAACUGGGAUAUGAAGGAUGCCAAUGUAGCCUGUAAACAACUUGGAUUUGCCAGGUGAGAACUUCAUACAUUUUAACUGAAUUUU